GACAUCUAAUUGGGAGACAAACAAACUCAUCAACAACCAUCAUAGCCUUAUCCUUUUAUCCUGUAUUUCAGUCAUCUCAACAAGGAAGUGCGCGUCGGAGAUCAAAAGUGUGCGAACCGCUGUUUAUACUAAAAAUCUAAUAGUGCUGGAAAAAAGAAGUUUGCAAAAUAUUCAGUCUGCCAUAAAUUUUAUUUGCUCUCAUCUCAAUUUAAUGCAUUUAUAAAUAGUCCCCCGGAAUUUUUAUUUAUAAAUAGCAUUUGACGCGAUACAAGAACAAAAUCAACACAGUGAAAUUGUCAACAAAAGUCAAGUGAAGAUAGGUAAUUGAACGGAUGCCACAAGCAAGCUGUUAGUAUAACAACAAUUUAGUGUGGCUAAUAAGAAAAUUAUUGUGCCCAUCGGAUUGAAUGGAAAGCAGGAAAUGUUUGUGUGAAUAAAGAUUUCGAAGAAAAAUUCUAUUGGCCUCCGCCCUGAAAAAGAGUGUCUCCUACUUUGGCUAUAUGUAUAUACCAAACUGCUAUAUAUACAAAUAUAUAUGUAGAGCUUGUGUGCGUUGUACGUUCGUGUGUGUUCUUGAACAUCCAGGAAAAAGGAGGGAAUGUUUCAAUUUGUUUUAGUUGAUGCGCGUUGAAGAAAGAAGUUGGUCAAAAUAAAAGAAAAAAAUCAGAUAAAGCUCGUUGUAACGUGUGUGCGUGUGUGUGAGAUUGUUUUCAAGUAAAAACGUGCAAAGCGACGAAUAUACAAACGAAAACAAAAUUAAAUAAUAUAAUCAAAAUUGUGUUGAAGGUGUUCGCUGCCAGUACUCAAUUCGGACGUCAUUGUUUUUAAAGGUUGUUUUGAUCGCAAUAUUCGUUAAAAGAGAAACAUGGAUAACAUCGAAAUGCUUAAAGCUUUAUAUGAUUUUCAAGCCGCCUAUCCCAAGACGAUUAGCUUCGAUGAGGGUGAAUAUUUUAUUUUAUAUCAGACCUCGGCAAGACAAAGGAACUGGUGGCAAGUGGUCAGCAUGAAGGGCAAUAUUGGCUUUGUGCCCUCCAAUUACGUAAUGAAAAUUAAGGUUGAACCAGACUUUCUAAUAAGUUUCUUAAAUUCUUCCAUUGAAUCACUGGAGCUAUCCAAAGAAACCGAAAUAAAUGGAAUUAUGCCUAAAGAGGAACUGCUCGAAAGACUCAGAGAAAAGAAAAUAUCGAUGGAGAGAAUGUAUUUGGACAACUCCGAAAGAGAUGCCGAUUCCUCGUUAUCAUUUUCACAGAGCAUUGGCGAUGGCAAACAUAGUGCACCACAUGCCCAGGAACAUCGGCCCCACAGUCCACCACAUUCGAAACGUUUGGAUAGUAGUAAAAAAUCAAUAUCAAGUCCUUCCAUGGCCACCACAUUGCCUCUAAUGAUAUCCGAAUCGCCCAGUAUGGGUUCGAUGCAAGUUCAGACACAACAAAAUCAACAGCAACAACAACAAGCUCAAUCACCAUCACCUGCACCAGCACAAAAUAAAGUCAAUGAUGUAGCUCAAGAUAAUAGUGUUACCUCCGAGCAUUCGGAGACCACGACAACAACUACAACAACAAGUGAAGAUGUAAUCACCACCUAUAAAGAACCAAGUUUAAAUGAUUCCUCAGCUUCCUAUACACAUUCGAAAGAAAAUGGAACACUCAAGUCGUCGGACAAAGAGUCAUUGACGUCGACAUCGACGACGGCGACCAAAGAACGAAAGUCUAAAGAAAAACCCACAAAAAUAAAUAAUGAGGCCGACGGCGGUCGGAAUCAUGUUAAGACACAAAACGGCAUUGCUGACAAGGAUGAUAAGACUGUUAACGACCGUUCCGAGGGUAGUGAGGGGGCCGAUGGUGGCAGUGAUGACAGAAAUGCUGCCAAUGGCUCAGCCGUAAAAGGUGACAGUAAUGACAACAGUCAAGCCCUGGACAGUGAAGAUAGUGCAGCUGCUUUGCAACAAUUGCAUGCUGCCGCUGCUGCAGCCGCCUUGGCCCACACUGGAGGCUAUCCAAGACCAAAUUUAAAGGUGGAGUCAUCAGAUGUCUAUCAAAUUGUUGAUGUCAUUCGACGUAACACCAAUUUAAGUUUUGAUUUAUCCUGCGAAGCUUUACGUGUAGUUCUAACAAGUUUGGAACAACUAUACAAUGGUGCCAUCAAUCCCUAUCUUGAAGCUGUGGCUAUACACGUUACCGAGAAAGUGGAAACGCCCAAGGAACUGCUCGGUAUGACACACGAUGCCAAAAAGCUGCAAUAUAUUUUCUCACAAUUGGCCGAUUGUAAAAAUGAUUCGGAACAGCGCACAUGGAUGUUGUAUGAGGAUGAAGAUGAUAUUGUACAAUUUUUGGAGGAUCUUAUUGAUAUAUUGAGCAAUGCCGAUGAAACGAUUUGUUGUUAUGAAAUGUCUUGUGACCAGUAUCAGGCCCUAGUCAAUUUGGUACAAUACUAUCAAAUGGAAACACGAUGGAACAUAAAACGUCUAUUGCUGAAAACCUUUACGGCAGCCUGUCAUUUGGAUCACAUCAUUGUCGAUAUUUUAUUGACGUCGGUAUUGCCGCUGGAAAUUGUGGAAGAUAUGAAAACAAAUUUUGCAAAUUUAGAUCGUUUUAAGCAACUAGUCAAAAUGUUAACAAUUAUAUUUUCAUUGGGCCAACCGAUGCCAGUUAAUCAUCAGGAUUAUCUUGGCGUUCAUUUUGCCUCCUUCCUAUUGGAAAUUAUCGAAGGCAAUAACCCCGAAAUUCUAGUUGACAUGGUUAUAUCGCUAGUUUUAGCCUUUAAUUUACAAUUUAAUGAUAGCAAUCAUAACGUUGUGGUGGAAGCAAUGCAAACAUUACCCUCGGCCAAAGUUUUUACAGAGAAAAUUCUAUUAUUAUUGAAUCGUGAAGAGGAUCCCAUUAAAGUUCUAAAACAUUCAACGGAUUGCAUGAAUUCAGUAUUGAAAAUGUUUAUUGAUAUCUUUAGUGUAGCCGAGACGGCAGCAAUGUUCUACACCAACGAUACCAAAGUAUUAAUUGACAUUAUUGUGAGACAAUUGACGGAUUUAUGUGCUGGAAAUUCGAUGAGACGCUGUUACUUGGAACUAUGUCGACGAAUUCUACGCAAUACCGACUAUCAGGAACAUCAGCAUCGUAAACAAGAUUUUAUGAAAAUCUUUACACGAAUAUUUUGCGAGGAAACCGAAUGUAGUGCCUCCGAUCAGAAGUUAGUACGCGAAAUAGCCAAUGAAUUUCCCCAAAUAUUUAAGGCUUAAGUUAGGACACAACAAAAAAUGAAGGCAACUGCGAAUGGCGAACGUAAGCAAUUAAUUAUGUAUAAGUAAGGUAUUAUUAAGUUAUAUUUACAUGGAUGACAUGUCAUGACAUUGUUGUUAUAAUAUAAGGAUAUUGAGGUUCAGAAACAUUUUGAAUAUAAUGAUAUUAGUUUGGAAAUUUUAAUUUUCAAUUAUGAAAUCACACCAAAGUAAAUGCCAAUAUUUUGUUUAUUCAAUUUAAAUAUUAUAAUUAAAAAAAUAGUUUGAAAUUAAUCCAUGUUGGUUUAUAAAAAAAAAAUCCUGUUAUAUUUAAGAUAAUACUAUUUAUUUCAAAUGAAAAUCACGAUCUUAACUUUGUAGCGUAAUAUUAUGUUAAUAACAUUUGUUGAUUUUGGUUAUGAAAACAUUUAUUUAUAUUUAAUACCACAUCUUAUAUACACACACGUAAAUAAACAUGUACGCAUAACAUAUGGUUGAAAAUCUCCAUUGAGAUUGUAUCGCUAAUGGAAAAUUAGUUAAACUUAAAAAAUCUGGUAGUUAUUACAAUAUAACUCACAUACAUACACAUCAAUUGAGAUUGAGAUUACAUCUAUGAUAUUUUGAUCUCAUACGACUAAAGAAUAUACAUUAGUACAUAAAAAAUUGGCCAAAAUGAGAACCUAACUUUUUGUUCGUGGAUUUUCGAAAAUAAAUUAAAGCAUAGAGCUUCUAGAUUCAAGGUCAUGGAAGAUCAAAUCAUAUACAUUUUUCCAUUUUCUAUCUUUAUCAGAAUUUAAAUGUGAAAUUAAAAUUGCCGCAAUUAUCAUCGUGUUUUUGAGGAGUUGAGGCAUCUACAUUUUUCUCACCUAUCUUACCCGAAAAAUUGUUUCAAAAAUAGUUUUCUACUAUGAAUUAUGAAUCAAUUGUGCAUGAAUUUGAAUUUUAAACUUGUUCGAAUUAUUGAAAUGUAUCCGGUAUUUUUCUUCGAAACAACUCAUGGUUGAGCUCAAACUUUUGACUGAACAUUCCGCCAAUAUAGGGUCUAAUUCAUAAAUGCUCUUUAAAUUAGAUUAUAAAUUCCGUUUCCUAUCCAUAAAACCACGGUUGCCUACUUAGGAUUCAUAGCAAAUGAUUACAUGUAUGGAAACCUGACAAUAGAAUGGUAUCUUGCCCCUCUUUAUAUAAGUAUUAUUCCGGUAAUAAAGCCGGAUUAUGCCCUUAACUAACGAGAUAGUGAACGGUAAAACAAUGCGUAGUUUUUAAUUUUUUGAUGUUAAUUAAUUGAUGGGAUUUGAGAACGAAAAUCAUGUUUAUUGCCUGGAUCGACCUUGAGAGAAUUUUCAAAAAAAUCAGCAUUCACUCACGUUUAUUGUCUUAAUGAAAAAUGUUAAAAAAUUCACGUUUAUUGCCUUGAUAUACCUUAAGAAAUUUUUUUUUUUUUUAAAAAUCCACAUUCAGUGCCCUGAUGGACAUUAAAAUCUCCUUAUAUUGACUUUAUUUGAUUUUGAGAAAAUAGCUCAAUGAAAAAUGCCUUUACUAAAAAUACUUAAAAAAAACAAUUUAAUUUGCUGGCCUUAAGAAGAAAAAUCUUUAAACAAUCCACGUUUAUUGCCCUGGUAGGCCUUGAGAAAAAAAAAACUUAAAAAAUCCAAAAGACUUAAAGGAUCUUAAGAAAAUCUCCCCGUUUAUUACCUUGAUAAACCUUGCAAAGAAAAUCUUUAAGAAACACAUUCACUGGACCUUGAGAAAAAAUUCUUAAAAAAUCUACAUUCAUUGCCUUGAUGGACUAUAUUUUUUUUAAAUUCACAUUUAUUGCCCUGAUG